ACAAGCCAUGGCCCCCUGGGAGAGUUCAGGUUCUAAAGUCAAAAGAGCCGGAGGGUAUUGGGGUCCCUCCUCCCAGAGGAAGGAGGAUAUUUGUCCCAGCUCAGUCAACUAUUUGCUGGGAGAGUGGCUUUCCUUGACUGCCUUGGGGUUGGUAUUUGUCUAGACUGAACCAGAAGGCCAGACGAGACAUACAUAAGUGGGAAGGAAAUUCUUGGCCCACGUGGUGGUGCAUUUCGCUGUUAUGUAAGCAUUCGGGAAUGACAAAUAGCUGGCCUCACCCACACUGCAUAAGAAGGCAGGCAGCUUCCCAGCCCCUGUGACCAUGAUCUUGACAAUCCCCACCCCAGGCACAGGGCACUUUUCCUUAGAUGGUAUCAUGCAGCCACAGCCAUGACAGAAUAUAGAACCCUUUUUAAAAACAGCAUUUGUGUUUUUCUAGAUAAGCCUUCAACUCUAUUUUCCCAUCGCCUCUCAGGGCUUUCCAUGUUAAACAGCAAGGUGAGGUUUGCAAUAAAGUAGAACAUACAUGCAGAAAAGUGAACACAAUUCUAGGACGUGCCCCAAGUUGAACAAACCCCUGAAACGGGACAUGACCAGCACCCUAGAGCCCCCCUCCUGCCCCAUCUAGUCACCCUCAACUGGAAGGUACCUAUUACCUUGACUUUUAACAUAACUGUUUAAUUUCGGCCAACAGGGAGGGUUUUCAAGGUCAUGGGUAUGUCUCAGCAAUGACAGUCUACAAGUCAACCUGUAGGACAAGCAGUCCGGAGAAUUCAUGGGACUCUGGGUCCAGCUUGAAGGUGACGUUCGCGGUGUGGAAGGAGAAGGCCUUUGGCACCUACAAGCUGUAUGACACUGGGGGAUCAGGGAGCCCCCAACCAGACCCAGGCCAGCCCUGUCCUGGGGCAUCUGCUGAGGGACCACUUGGAGGGAAGGAACAGCACCAGCUCCACCAGGGCCCUGAAGCUUCCAGAGGGGACCAGUGCCGCCUGGCAUAUCCUCACCAUCAUUGGCAUCUACGGAGUGAUUUUCCUCUUCCGACUGGCCAGCAACAUCCUCAGAAAGAACGAUAAAUCCUUGGAAGAUAUUUAUUACUCAAAUUUGACCUCUGAACUUAAGAAGAAAGGGCUCCAGAGCAAGGCGGCCAAAUGCUCUUCACUGCCCGUUAGCAACAGAGCUGUCCUGCAGCCCAACCAGGCCAGCCUGGGGAUAAUGUGUGGAAGCAGGAGCCCCACACCGAAAUCCAAGGAAUUCCUUGAAAGGCUAGGCAAGCAGGCCUCUGUAGAAAAGGCCCAAACUUCUUGCUUUGGGGAGCAGCUUUGGAUUUAA